AUGCCGUCAGCAGAGUCCUCUGUUUCUAUCCCGAUCAUCGAUUUUCAAAAAUUCACCCAAGGGUCAGCAACUGAAAAGACAGAAUGUAGCGAUUUGCUGCGUCAAUCGCUCUCGACACAUGGAUUCGCAAGGAUCAUAAAUUCGGGUAUCCCAAACCAGGAUAUCGAUCGGUGCUUUCAAUUUGCCGAUCAAUUUUUCCAAAUGCCACAUGAGUCAAAAGAAGGCAUUGCCAAUGUUGCUGGCCCAGCCCCGCAACGAGGUUGGAGUCGCUUGGGGGCCGAGAGUUCCUCCUCGCUGUAUAGCAAGUUGAUCAAAGGCAAAACAUCCAAAGGGCUCUCAGACUCUCGAGAGCAUUUUGAUCAAGGCCACGAACAAGAUACCUCGUAUCCCAACAAAUGGCCAUCAGAGGAAGAUCUUCCCGACUUCCGCACAUUCAUGCAAUCGUUCUACAAAGACAGCGAGCGCAUCAGUCUUCAACUCCUCGAAGCUCUUGAAAUUUCCAUGUCCUUGCCCACAGCAACUUUCCAGAGUCGCAUCCACGAUGCCAGUGAGCUCCGCAUGAACCAUUACCCUACCAUCAGCGUGGAGACCAUCCAAGAAGGCAAGGUUAACCGCAUCUGGCCGCACUUCGACCUCGGUGUUCUGACCAUGUUGUGGACAUCUGGAGCUUCAGGACUCGAGUUCCAGAAUCGUCUCGACACCAACGGCACAUCGUUCAUCCCUGUGGUCCCGGUGUCGCAAUAUGAAAUGAUCAUCAACGUGUCAGAGACGCUUCAGCGCUGGACAAACGAUGUCUUGCCUGCGGGUUUGCAUCAGGUCAGCCUUCCGCCGAAUCUGAAGGGGGUGGAUGAGGGUAUUAUCCCUGAGAGGUUCUCUAUUGCCUAUUUCUGUAAGGCGAAUAGGAAUACCUCGGUCGGCGCUUUGGCCCCUUUUGUUGAUCCUGUUCAGGGGGCUAAGUAUGAGGAUAUCACGGCUAUUGAGUACCAUCAGUCGAGAUUGAAGGCUGCGUAUUGA